GCCGCUUCCCACAGCCAGAGCCCCGGCGGAGAACUCUGGCAGCCCUCCUGGAGGACCCGCCAUGUCGGAACGGCGCGUGCCUUUCACGUUCCUGCGCAGCCCCAGCUGGGACCCCUUCCGGGACUGGUACCGGGGCGGCAGUCGCCUCUUUGACCAGUCUUUUGGGAUGCCCCUCAUCCCUGAGGACUGGUACAAAUGGCCGUCGGGGACCACCGGCUGGCCAGGCUACGUCCGCCCGCUCGCCAGCCCCAGUCCCGAGCCGGUGGCAGUGAGUCCCAUCGUCACCUCGCCGACCGGCAACCCGGCCUUCAACCGGGCUCUGAGCCGCCAGCUCAGCAGCGGCAUCUCUGAGAUCCGCCAGACUUCGGAGAGCUGGAAAGUAGCCCUGGACGUCAACCAUUUCGCGCCAGAGGAGCUGGUGGUGAAGACCAAGGACGGCGUGGUGGAGAUCACUGGCAAACAUGAAGAAAGGCAAGACGAACAUGGGUUUAUUUCCAGAUGUUUCACAAGGAAAUACACGCUGCCUUCCGGCAUAGAGCCCGCUGCGGUCUGCUCCUCGCUUUCCCCAGACGGCAUGCUCACGGUAGAAGCCCCACUGCCGAAGCCAGCCAUCCAAUCAGCUGAGAUCAGGAUUCCGGUCACCUUUGAGGCCCACGCCCAGAUCCCCACAUCAGAGGCCAAGAAGCCGGAGGAGUCAGCCAAGAAAUAGCCCGUAUGCGGGGAUCACACCCCAUGGCCAGAAAAAUAAUUUCCAGGCAUAUCACCUCUCUAACAAUUCCUUUUUUUGUAAAGAUACUUCUGCAUCCACUCCACCAAUAAAAAAUUUCUAAAACCCCA